AUGGCUAGUAUUAUUCUAGCUACUAUCUUAAUGAGUGCAAUCUCAAGCACAAGCGCUUACGAUUUCUAUGUUGGCGGAAAGGACGGUUGGGUUCAAAACCCUAGAGAGGGUUACAAUGAUUGGGCAUCAAGAAUGAGAUUUCAAGUCAAUGACAGACUAGUGUUCAAGUACAAAAAAGAAGAGGACUCGGUUUUGGUUGUGAAGGAUCAAGAGGACUACGACUCGUGCAACGUGAAAAAACCUACACAAAAACUCGAAGGAGGCGAUUCGAUUUUUCAGUUUGGACGAUCAGGGCCGUUCUUUUUCAUCAGCGGGGUGCCAGAUAAAUGCAGUGAAGGAGAGAAGAUGAUCGUCGUGGUUAUGGCUACGAGGAACAAGAAUACUCCUCCAGUAUCUCCUUCGCCUUCUCCUUCUCCUCUCUCUUCACCAACU